CAUUCCCCACAAACCAAAACAAAAGACCAUUUGCCAAAAAACCAAAAAAAAUGCCAUCAACUGAUCAUCCUAAUUGUGGUCGAGUAAUACCAACAAAACCAAAUGGUUGCUCUUCUUUAGGCAUUCCACCACCCGAACCCGAACACCUUCCCUGUCCAAGAUGUGACUCCACUAAUACUAAAUUUUGUUACUAUAAUAACUAUAACUUUUCUCAGCCACGUCAUUUUUGUAAAGGUUGUCGCCGUUAUUGGACUCACGGUGGCACCCUUCGUGACAUUCCUGUUGGUGGAGGAAGUCGCAAAAAUGCCAAAAGAUCACGUGUUCACCACGCUGGGACAAACACUUAUAAUGUUGGUUUGAGUAACACUACUACUAGUACAACAACUACUAGUGGUGGUGUUAGUGGGGGCAUUGAGUACCGACAUAUGGGGGCACAACCUUUUUUGUUGCCGGGUGUGAGUAUGAGUAUGUGUGAUAGUUUUACUUCUUUGUUGAAUAGUACUAAUGGGCCUGGUGGGUUUUUUGGGCUGGGGUUUGAAGACAAUGGGUUUGGAAUUGGAAGGGCUAUUUGGCCUUUUUCUGGGAUGGGGCUUAGUGUUGGUGGUGGUGGUGAUCAUGGUGGUGUUUAUGGUGGUGGGAUUAAUGCUACGUGGCAGGCUGGGAAUGGUGGAGAGAAUGGACUUGGUGUUGGUGUUGGUGGUGGAGAGUGUUUUACUUUGCCUGAACUUGCUAUUUCAACUCCAGGAAUGAUAUGAUAGUAUGUAAUGAAAUGAAAUGAAGAGUAAAUUACUAAUUAGAAGUGGGUACGUUAUUCAAGUAAUGAUAGGUUAGAGGUGUUAAUUAUGUGGUGUGGUUAAAUGUGUCGGUAGAUUAUUACUUUUUACUAUCUGGUUUUUACCUAGCUAGUAUGAGAAAACAAAGUUUUUAAUUUUUUAUUAUUGUCUUCUAAUGUUAUCCAUGGAAAUUUCCUUCGAGAUUCAAA